AUGACUCAAAAGAAGGCUGAGAGGAAGAAGACAACAGCCAAAAGUGAUGAAAUCGAUCAGAAUGUAGCGGAGAUUGAACAUAGAUCAUCCCAAAAAAAAGAAGUGAGCAAUGAACAUGAAAAGUUGGCAAGCCCUAGUCCGGCUAUAGGAAGGGGUGAAAUUGGGAAAAUUGAGCAACUGAGUGGAGGAUGUGAAUCGGGGAAGAUGAAGGAUGCGCUUAUGUCUUCAACACACAGAAUUGACACUCGAGGGAAACUUACGUGGAAUCAACCAAAAGUUGAAGAAGCUAAGCCUAAACAAACUGUACAUGAAUGGAGGAGAGUUGGUAGGAGAAAUAGAGAGAGUACUAAAGUAGGCAAGGAGUUAAGUGGUAGCCAAGAUACUAAGGAGGGACCUGCUAAUACAACUCAUGUUUCUGAGCUGAUCAAAAAAGGUUCCACAGUAGAGGUUAACAACUUAAUUCAAGUUGAAAAGUCUGUAAAUGCGGUGACACUCCUAACUAGGAAUAACUAUAGCAUCUUAGAUAUUAAGGAAGUAGCUGCUGGACAAUCCAUAGGGAAUAAACCUAACAAAACCACUAAUGUGUCAGAUGAGAUAGUUGACCCAAGUAUAGGAGAGCUUGCAGAAGGGAGUAUUAUGUUAAAUCCUAAUCCUGAUCCAAAUAAGUAG